GAUUGAGAGAGAGAGUGAUUUUGAAGCCUCUCUCUGCUCUCUCCGCUUUUCUGUUCACUCAGACUCAAUGGGGCUCUAGCAUUAGGGGUUUCGAGCUGUAAAACUACAUAUUUAUUACCCGUUCCCUUCUUUCUAUUUAAGUUUUGUACAUAGCACAGAUAACUUCUCGAAGAGCAAGGUGGGUGUGCGUUUUAAGACGUCUCUUAAGUCGCACCAAGUUUGUCAGAGGCCAAGUCGAAGUUUAUGUGGAAAAAGCUGAUUUGAAAUUGUCCUGCCUUGUAGUCCUACCAAACCGGUCAAAAAACUUGGGAACUAUGGAUAUUCGGAAGAAGCGGAGGCCGUGGUGCAUGGAGACCUCGUUCGUGCUCCUCCUGUGUCUUUCUCUGGCACACGCAGAUCCAUUCGAUGUUUUGCGGGUGCUGCAGUUGCCUUCCCUCCCUGAAGGUGUGCAGAAGGUCCCGGGUUUCUGCACCUCCCGCCGGUCCGGCACUCCUGAUCAUGCCUACCGCAUCACUAAGAAAGCCCAGAUCUCUGCCCCCACCAAACAACUAUUCUCAAGACGUUUCCCGGAGAAUUUCUCCAUCAUGACUCUGGUAAAGGCCAAGGCUGGUCUUCAGGCCUUCCUGCUGUCCAUCUACAAUGAGCAGGGUGUCCAGCAGCUCGGUCUAGAGUUGGGACGCUCACCCAUCUUCCUGUAUGAGGACCAGAAUCGCAAACCUGCCCCAGAGGACUACCCACUGUUCAAAGGGGUCAACCUGGCUGACGGCAAGUGGCACCGCAUUGCCAUUUCUGUGCAGAAGAAGAACAUCACUCUGAUCCUUGACUGCAAGAAUCAUAUUACAAAAACUCUGCCACGUAGCAAUAACCCAGUCUUGGACACCAAGGGCAUCACUGUCUUUGGAGCCCGUCUCCUGGAUGAGGAGGUCUUCCAGGGUGAGAUCCAGCAACUGCUGAUUGCAUCCAAUCCUCAGGCCGCUUAUGACUUCUGUGAGCACUACAGCCCCGACUGUGACUCCCCUCUGCCCAAAGUCCAGUCCCAGGACCCAAACAGCUACGAGGGAAAGGCGAACAAUGGAAAAGCUGAUAAGUCAAAAACUGCCCCAGCCAAAGCUGCUCCAGCUAAAGCCAAGCAAACUUCAAAGCCAAAGGCCAAACCUACUGCUGCGCGAAUCUUGAUCCCAAAGUUAAAACCUACUUUAGCUUCUAAAUUAGCAUCUAAACCAAAAGCAACACCGGCCCCAAAGAAUGACAACAAAAAGAAGGCAAACGACAAUGGAAAAAAUAACGGUCAAGCUAAAGUGAAUGGGAAAGACAAUAAUGGUGAUGCUAAAGCUAAUGGUAAGGCUAAGGCUGGCAGCAAUGGCAAAGCCAAUAACAAUGGCAAUGGGAAGGCAGCUGUGGAGAAAAAAGCAAAAGGAGAAGCUAAAGCUAAUGGCAAUGGUGCGAAAACAGAGGGAAAGGCGAACAAUGGAAAAGCUGAUAAGUCAAAAACUGCCCCAGCCAAAGCUGCUCCAGCUAAAGCCAAGCAAACUUCAAAGCCAAAGGCCAAACCUACUGCUGCGCGAAUCUUGAUCCCAAAGUUAAAACCUACUUUAGCUUCUAAAUUAGCAUCUAAACCAAAAGCAACACCGGCCCCAAAGAAUGACAACAAAAAGAAGGCAAACGACAAUGGAAAAAAUAACGGUCAAGCUAAAGUGAAUGGGAAAGACAAUAAUGGUGAUGCUAAAGCUAAUGGUAAGGCUAAGGCUGGCAGCAAUGGCAAAGCCAAUAACAAUGGCAAUGGGAAGGCAGCUGUGGAGAAAAAAGCAAACGGAGAAGCUAAAGCUAAUGGCAAUGGUGCGAAAACAGCAAAGACUGAAAAGGCAGCAAUAGCAACGAAAUCAGAGACAACUGCGAAGAAAGCAGAGACCAAACCACAACCAGCCAAAGACAAAACAAAAGCCAAUGCAUCACCUGCAAAGCCUAAAGCGACCAAACCUGUGGUAGAAAAGGUUCCAACCAAAGUCACUAAAACUCAAAAACCUGUUGCUUUCAAACCCACCCCGCCUUUGCCUCUCCCUUCAAAGCCUAAGCCUUCAACAAGGCUGCUGUGA